UAAAAAAAUGAAUUUAAAAAGAUAGGAGAUAAUCUAACCUAUGAUCUCUGUAUAUAACAGUACAUAAUCUCAAAUAAACAUGAACACACGAAUUCUUAGCCGAAUAUUAACAGAUUUUCCGGUUGGUAGAAGAAAACUGCAUAUAACUUCGAGUUUGUCAUGUUUUUACCAAAGGGAUCGAAAGGCAGAUUAUAAAACAGUGUAUGACAGACCACCACCAGUACAAGAUUUGAGUGUUUUUGGUAAAAUACGGCAAGGAUAUCAAUAUUUUAAAGAAGAGUUUGGUAUUUUAAUGGAAGAACUGAAAGAGAGAUUCAGAAUGGAUCCUAUUUUUAUAUACAGACAAAAUGAAGUUGACGUUAUAUGGAGAUUUAAGGGCGAUCCAAAGUCAUUGGAACAAUGGGUCAUUACAUGUGAUAGUGAUCACAACGAAGGUUUUUCAAAAGUCAAAUUAGAGAUGUCCUCCACUGGUACCGGUGUAUUUUCUGGCACAUUAAGCUCUCGUUUACCUAAGGAUGGCAAGAUAAAAUACGCUGGUUAUUGCAACAUGACCAGUACACCCAAAUUUAAGUCUUUCAAGCGAAAUGCUUAUCAUGACUGGUCAAACUAUACUCAUCUCGUUCUUCGUAUUAGGGGAGACGGUAGAUGCUAUAUACUGAAUAUUGCUACUAGAGGCAUAUUUGACUUGACCUGGAACGAUGUAUAUCAUUACGUCCUCUACACCAGAGGCGGACCGUACUGGCAAUAUGUCAGAGUACCAUUCUCCAAGUUCGUAUUUUCGAGUAAAGGCAGGCUUCAGGAUAGGCAGAUACCAAUCAUACAACACGAGAUUACGAAUUUUGGUAUAUCGUUAGCAGAUAGUGUUUCUGGUCAUUUCAGAUUAGAGAUCGAUUAUAUUGGAUUGGAGUACGACAAACUCCAUAAAGAAGAGUUUGCUUACGAAUCGUACGAUUGUAAAGGAAUCAGAUUUUAGUAUGUACAUAUAAAUAUGAUAAAAACUAUAUUUACAAAAUGUAAUUUUGCUAUCUAUGCAAAGAUGGCGGA